UUUUGAGAGAAGGAGGGGAGAAGGCGACGGUAAAGUUUAGAGAAGUGUUCCGCUGUCUUGAAUGCCUUGCCCUUCAACUAUAUCGCUCACUUAAUGAGACAAAGUGCUUCAAGAUUGUUUUGUAGGAGUGAAUGUGCAAAAACUACAACUCAUUGUCUGACAUGUCUAUUGUAGCUGAGUAGUCUUUUGUUUGCAACCUUGAACUUGUAUUGACAAGAACUAUAAGUGCUUGCGUGUGUCUUAUUUAGUAUCAAGAUGCUACAGAUUCACUGAAGUGUUUGUCCACGGUGAGCUUUGGAACGAUGGCAUCCUCAGCUGAAACAUUGGACAGGUCAACCCUGAAAUCAACCGCCUACCAAACCUCAACUGUACCGGGUGUGGCUACUAAUGGGGAUAAGAAAUGUUGCGAUGUUCAUUGCAACAGCUUGUGGUCCAUCUGGUACGGGCUAAUUGUCUUGGGGUUCCACGCUUUCCUCAUCUACAAGGCCGUCUCCCUUUUCCUGAUCUAUGUGGCCUUUCCUUGGCCAGAUGGACGCCAGCCUUAUCUGGAACUCAACAUUUACGUUGGGCUGGUGGGGGCGGGUGUGGUCCUUUUGCCGUUCUACUUCAUCUCGUUCAUGUUCAAGAUUGGCAACCUGGCCAAUGAUGGAUACAAGUUGGGAUACAAACUCUCGGCUUGUGCCAUGGACCCGCCUUCAGUUCUGGCCCGAUCCUCGGGCGUGGUCAGGAACGCCUGGCAUCAUGGCGGUCCCACGGCCCCAUUCAUUCAUUUGGUGUCUGCGUUCUGUUUCGUGCUCCCCAAGAUCUUCAUCCAAGCGAGGCUCAUUGAUGUCGGAUUCCUAAGCCAAGACCACGUGUGGAAAACUGACCUUGACUGGCUGGUCCCUCAUCAGGAUCGAUUGGUGAUCCUUCAGUUCCUCACGGGUGGGGCUAUCAACAUGUCCAGUACUACCACUCAGGCCCCGUAUCACCACCCAGCGGCACAAAUCCGCGAGUAUCUGGAGCAACAAGACACGUGGUGGCCAGUGACCCCGGAAUUUCUCAAUUACGCCGUGGCCUUGCUCGUCUACAGCGUUCGUUAUCCCUCGGUCUUCUGGAAUACAAAUAAGGCCUUCUCGUUCCUGUUCUCGCUCCAACUUUUUGCCAACUCAAUUCAGAACCUCAUGGCCAUCGGCGGGAUCUCGAUUAUGUACAAGGUUCAAAUCAUUGGACCCCAAAAUGUCCUGCACAAGUAUGAGCCGUUUCUCUUGAACCCACCCAUCUGUAUGUUGCUGUAUAUCCUGAGCUGUAUGAUAGUGACCACUUCCUCUUGCGUGGUCUACAUGUAUGGCUACCAUAAGUUCAUGACCUUUGUCGAAAGAGAGCGUGAGAAGCACAACAUCCUGCUCCGUGAGGGAAAGACCUCUUUAUGGGCCUACUUUCCUCAUUGUUCAGCCAUGUGUGUUCUCAUUGCUUUGGCGGUGUGCAAUGCACCCUUACUCUAUGACUUCACCCUCAUCUAUAAAGGCUCUUUGGAUGGAGCCAUCUUGUCCAAUGUGAUCGCGACCAUUCUCCAUCUCUUCCUCUGGAUCGUGUUAUGGCUGUUUCUCACCAUGAAGCAAAACUGGAUGUUCAAGCUUCGGGUUACCGUGGGUCACGCUGUGGUGAAGAGUGCCCGGAGUAUCAAGUUGCUGAACGAUGUCGACCUGAUGAACGAAGGAAGCGGAGGAUCCCCCGGCGAUGCCAUGAUGAUCGUGGCCUUUGGCAAGUCCUUCACCGUGGUGGAGCCCACGCCCAAGAAACUGAUCAUGAACACGUUGGCUCGGGCCGCCAUUGAACGCGAUAAACAGAUUGAAGAAUCUGGUGCGGUAGAGUCAGAUCGACUCUUGAGCAAAGACGACAAUCGAAUAUACAGCAACGACUCACGAUUAAGCACAAUCGAAAGAUCAAAGGGUCCACCCAGCCGAGUGAUGUCCCCGGCCACGAAACAAAAGGUCUCCUUUGAUCAGAACAGCCUCAUGGAGCAUUCAGACUCACUUUCGCCUCGAUAUCAUCACGAUCGGUCCAUGAUGGGACAUUCCGAGACCUCCGAUCAAGUGGACUCUAAUAUCUCCUCAUCUUCGCCUCUGAUUCACCACGACAUGUCCGACGAUUGCGAUGACCUACCACCUCCUCCGGGACACCCUGAUGGGCGUGUCAUGAGUUCACCACGCCCAGGUCAGACCCAGGUUCAUAUUCAUGCGCAGAGUGGUCAUCGGAAGACGCCUUCAAUUCUCCAUAAUCCCGAGGUUCAGGAUGUUCAAACACCAAGAAGUAACCGCUCAGUGGAUUCCGGCCUGCCUCACGAUGAUAUCACUCCGAGGUCGGACUCAAUGAGUACGGGCAGUAGUUCGGCCAGUCCUCCGGACCAGCACAAUAACUCCAAUCAAAUGAUGACUCAAAGGGAAAUCCAACAACAACACCGAAAGUCCACCAGUUUGGACGAUAUCAAUAUCACGUCGAAUGGCGUGGAGCGCGUCCAAAGUCAGACUCAAUGGAAAAGCUCUUCUCUUCAACGUGGCAUGGUGGGGCCUCCAAAUGGCACAGCAGUGGCCCCACCUCAAGUGCCUUCAACUGGAAUAUAUGGCACCAUUGGCGGAAGCCAAGGUCCGGGGAUGAAUGGGCCACAAAAUCCAAAUGGCACCUUGGUCAUCCGAAGGAAGUCGUCAAAUUCGAGAGUAAACACAGCUGCCGAGGAGGAGGAUAUUUACGGCCGAUGUUUCAAUAUGAGAUUGAAUUCGUUCAGUGAAGGCAUGGACCCGACGAUGACGAGGGAUCCUCGAGUCAUUGAUCUCAAUAACACUCAUUCAAACACGUCUUCCCAAGCCCCAUCAAUGGCAUCCACUCCUCGACAAGGCUCUCCUGUUCAUCAUAUCCAGUAUCAGCCGAAUCCAAAUCAAUUCAACACGUUGCCAGCACAAGCCAAUGGUACUCCCAACGGAAUCAAGCCAGUGGGGCCCAAUCCAAACUCUCACAACACUUUACCUGCCCGAAUGAAUGGCCAGUUACCACCACCGUCGCCCAGGAACUCUUACAGUGGGCCUUCAUCCGCACGAGUCCUCACCGGUCGACACUUUAAGCCAUUUGAUCAUCGGCGAAUGAAUCCGAUGGCGGAAAUCCAAGAGAUCCCUCAUGGCAUGAAUGAGAGUACCCACAGUACCAUUGAAAGUCAAUAUCCAAGCCGAAGUCACGGUAUCCAACCUAAUGGUUUGUACGGCACCAUCGACUUGCCCCAGAGUGGACCUCCAUCACGGCCUCUUAGUGCCAAUGGUGGAAACCUGAUUGUCCAGAAGAACACACACUUACCCCAUUUACCUCCCGAGCUCCGCCACACCAACUAUAGCUCAGGGAUGAACCACGCCCCAUUGCUGGCCGGACCCAAGUCAAAUGGCAAGCUAGUCAACCCCCAAUUGGCCGAACACCAUCGCGAUUCCGCCAAUUUCUCCUUGACCUCAAACGACUCGUGUUGAUUCAGAACCGGUUUGUAUAUCCGAUCUAUCGCAGAAACUUGCCACGGCGCCAAAACUUGUUUUCUACUCGCCCAACCUCCUUCGCCUUGUGUUCAUGUCCAAAUUCGAGACUGAUCUUUUCACUAUCUAUUCUAAUGAUCCUGUAUGCUUUUGGCAAGUAUUAGUAUGCUGAGUCUCAUUUUUUCUACUUCACCCUUGAGUGAUUUUUAGAAUUUGGAGGCCCCCUACACAACAUUUCCAACGGUUCUCGCAAUCUUUUCACCAAACUCUCAAGAGCCUCACUUGACUGAACUUAUCAUUCUGAAAACGGAGGAAACUUGAGCUGUCUUUAUGAAGCAACCUGAUGCUUUACCCAUCUUCUUUAAAAUGAUAUCAAGCUGACAUUAGCAAAAAUCAAGUCGACCACUUCGAAACGAAGAAGUCUACAGCCUGUGAUAACGAACAAAAACCAUUUGAUUCCUUUUUCCCUUUGAGUGCACCUCCCAAAACACUAAGAGUGGAACUGCUCGAAACACUUCAGAGUCGUUCAAGACGGUGCACUUUUCUGUCUAUUGUUAGCAAUUUUCCCAUCAAAGUGAGUUCCGCUCACUUCUUUUGCAACCCUUUCUAUGGAAUGGGACCCUGUCAGGGUCUAAACCCUCAGAUUUAUGGCUUUGUAAAAAAAUAUUACUACAUAUGUAGUUCCUAGUUGCAGUAGUUAUACCGUAGACAUCAUUCAAAAUCUUCAGUGUAUGCAUAAUUGAUCAAUCAUUGAUAUCCGUGGUUUAUUAAUUGUUGAAAGUAGGCGACCUACAUGUUAACAUCAAAUGUGGGUGAGCUCAAGGCAAAUAUACAUUUUUCCUUUUAAUAUUGCAAA